CGCCUCCUGUCUCCGGGGAUGGGGGCGAGGGGCUGUGCCCUGAGAUCACGGGCACCGGGGUCGCCCUGCCGGAUCCCAGGCCCUUUUCUGCCGGCCGCCAGCCGCAUGGCCUUGGGUGCCCUAUCCCUCGUGCCUCAGUGUCCUCGUCUGCGCGUGAGGCAGCAGCGGGGCCUCCUUUCAGUCUCCGUGCGGACGGAGUGUGAGCCUGUGUAAGGUGUGUGGGGACGUGCGGGCCUGUGCCUGGGGCUCCGGGUGCCCGCUGCAGGCUUACCCCUUUACUCCGUCCUUCCCGGGUCUGCUUUCUCCACGUUGCGUCCCCCGAGUCCUGGGCUCCGUCUCCUCAUCUGAUGUGUUCCCCGUGCGGCCCAGGCAGGCGGGUGCCUGGGACCCGUGGAAGGAACACCACGUGCUUUCCCCAGUCCCCAGAGUGUGCAGACUCUGGGCAUCCCUGGGGGUCCCCGAGUCCCUGUCGGGUCCGCAGCAGCCCCUGCAGACAACUCCCCUCUGUGCGGCCAGAUUCUGUCCUACGCUCGGGCCAGUGUCGCGUCACAGCUGACCGGAAGCAGGCGUGAGAACCAGCGCGUCUGUCAAGCCGCUGAGAGAGUCGCCAAGAAUCAGAUGCUCUGGCUCUUCGCACCGAAUGGUUUUGUCCGGGAGAAUGCGGCUCUGUUCCCUCUGCGGGAAGGCCCUGCUCUCGGUGAGAAGAUGUCCUACGGAUCCGUCGCUGGCAGUGGUGGCCCGGGGAGCCCUUUCGGGGGACCCUCCAGACAAGGCUAUCAACCCCUAGAGUGCGCUAAAUGUUGGACCGAGUACGGGAUCCGCCAUUUCCCCUGCCCGUCGCCAGAGAGCAGCCUGCAGGACCCCUGUGUGGGCAAGGAUGGGGAAGGUGAUCUGGGGUCGGCGGGCACGCCCAGAGGCCCAAGGGCCAGGAAGCGAGGGCCAGGGGUCACCCCUGACGGCAGUGGGACGCCGGAGCUGCCCUCACCACCCACGGCUGGCCCGAGGAAGGACUCCGCCGGCAGCAUCCACAGUCGGCUGGUGGGGCCCAGUGCCACGCGGGCUAAGAAGAGGAAGCCCAACUUCUGCCCGCAGGAGACGGAGGUCCUGGUGUCCAAGGUCAGCAAGCACCACCAGCUGCUGUUCGGCUCGGGGCUGCUGAAGGCCGAGCCGGCCCGCCGGUACCGCGUGUGGAGCCGCAUCCUGCAGGCCGUGAACGCGCUGGGCUACUGCCGCCGCGACCUCGUGGACCUCAAGCACAAGUGGCGGGACCUGCGCGCUGUCGUGCGGCGCAAGCUGGCUGACCUCCGGCGUGCGGCUGUCGGCCCUGGGGGGCCCCAGGCCCUGGCCCUUACACCCGUGGAGCAGGCGGUGGCCAAGACCUUCUCCUGCCAGGCCCUGUGCCCUGAGGGCUUCCGCCCGGAGCCGCCCCAAGCUGCCCAGGUGGACCCAGGUGACCUCCAGGAGCUGUUCCAGCAGACGUCGGCCAGCGUCUUCCGAAUCAACUCCCACGUGACCUCCUUGGAGCAGAGUCUCCGGUCCCUGGGGACGCCGAAUGACACGCAGGAGCUGAGGGAGAGCCUGCACGUGACGCAGCAGGAGGCUAACAGGAGCAUCGCGGCCGGCGCCGGCACCGUGAGGCAGAUGACGGAGCUCCUGCGGGGCUGCUCCCGGCAGGAGUGCCUCCAGCUGGACCGUCUGAGGACUCAGCUGUCCGACGCCGUGCAGCGCUACGGCGGGGUGCAGAAGAAGAUCGCCGAGAAGUCCCGAGCCCUGCUUCCCACGGCACAGCGGGUCAGCGAGCAGCAGAGUCCCCGGGCCCCUUUUGCUGAACUGCCUGAUGAUGAAAAGAUCUUUAACGGGACUGAUGGCAUGUGGCAGGGCCGGGAGCAGGCGCUACUUCCGGAGAUCACGGAGGAGGACCUGGAGGCCAUCCGGCUGCGCGAGGAAGCCGUCCUGCGGAUCGAGAGUGACUUGUUGGAUGUCAAUCAGAUCAUCAAGGACUUGGCUUCCAUGGUGGCAGAGCAAGGAGAUGCCAUCGGGUCCGGCAGCAGCAAGGCCACGUGCCAGCAGAGCUCCAGCCCUGAGCCCGCCGUGGCGGCCCCACUGCCCGGGCUGGGCUGUGUGUCCCCGCGGCAGGGCCCCCACUCCCGCACCAAGACACGCAAGCCCAACUUCAGCCCCCAGGAGACGGAGGUGCUGGUACGGAGGGUGACGCGCCACUACCCGCUGCUGUUCGGGGCGCUGCGGGGCCCGCGCUCGCGGAAGCACCGAGCGUGGAACAAGAUCCUGCAGGCGGUGAACGCGCUGGGCCACUGCCGGCGCGCCCUGGGCGACCUGAAGCACAAGUGGCGGGACCUGCGCGGGGCGGUACGCAAGAAGCUGGCCGAGCGCCCGCCGGCCCCCGGCCUCCUGCUCACCCCUGUCGAGCGCAUGGUGGCCGAGACCUUCUCAGCCCCAGCCCCCCCAGGCGAGGGCCAGGCCGCCGAGCCCCUGCCAAAUGCCUCGGAAUGUCCCAGUCAGGCUGCUCGUGGCGGCUGCACCCCUGCUCUCGGCCGACACAGACUCUGCUUCCUGAGGAGCUGUUGGACGCACCUUGGGGAUGAAGCUUGGAGCAGGCCCAGCUCUCCUGAAGGCCAACAGUGCAGCACAGGACUCAGCCUGCACACAGGCACGCCGGCAGUUGGCCACGGCUUGUACGGACCCGGCGGAAGAUGUGGGUGGACACGCCGUUCCCCGGCACUGGCCUUGCUCGUGGGCCUGGGGGACGGCACGGGAUGCAGCCAGCCUCUCAGGCCAGGGGAGGCUGCCACAUUCUCCUAGAGACAGAGCCAGACCCGGUUUUGGGGUGCACACUGGGGUGCCUGGGCCCACCCCACGAGUCCCUAGCCCUGCAGCCCAGCCCGAACUUGGUGAUCGUGUUGUUCCUGAAGGUCGCUGGUGCUGGCUCAGCAAACUGGCUAAUGGUGGGGUCCAGUCCAGCACAGAUGUCCCUGCCUGCGCAGCUGGGCCGGGAGCCCCCUUCCCUAGACCCUGCAGGCUCCGGGCUCGCCUCCGUCACAGUGGCGGCUGACUGGUCCCUUAGUGAUGGGAGCCCCUCCUGGGGUUGUGCAUCCUGGGCUGACUGUCGCCGAGCGACCGAGGGCGAGGGAGUGGCCUGGGGCCGGAUCUCCCUGGCAGGGCUGAGUGUGGGUCAGGGAGGCGGCUGCAGACCCUGAUUCGGGGCAGGAGGCGGUGGCAGAGAUGACUGCGGCGCGGCACACCAGUUCUUCUGUCUGGGUCAGCGGUGGCCUGGUGCCUGGGCAGCGGGAGGCCUGCAGGGGCUCCUCGCGGCCACAGAGGCUGUGGAUAGCCCCUUUGGCAGAGUUGGGGGCCUCCGCAGGGGCUGAGCGGGCAGCUCUCUGUGCUUUGCACCCCUGCUGUCUCUGAAUGUUUGGGGAGUGGUGCUGGCAGGAGGUUCUCUCCCCCACAGGCCUGGCCCAGAGUCUGGGCACCCUGUGGUCUCCGGAGCAGAGCCCCUGCGUGGGAGUGGGGGUGAGCAGGGGGCACCUGUAGAUCUGCUCCGAACAACCAGGGGUCUUUAGGAGGGAGCAGAAGUGGUUCAGGGCAGAUGAAGCAUCAGAGCGAGCAGGCCAGGUGGUGGGGGGCUGCCCAGUAGCCCCUUGGGGAAGGAGCCGGCUGUGGGGGGCGGGUCUGCUUAGUGUGGCAGCCCAGGGCAGAGCCGAGUCCGAUCUGGGGAGCGCUCUGUGGGCUGGGUAUGUUUGUUCUUGGUCCGAGGUGGGCUUGGCUGUGGGCUCGCUCGUGUCUCCAGGCCGUCCCUUGCCGUCAGAGCUGGUUCCCAGUGUCCCCAGGGCCUGUGCUGGAGGCUGACCAGACUCGGGCUUUCUUGGAGCCUGAGAGCAGGGUGCAGGGCGGCCCAGGCUCUGUCCCCGACACUGCAGUCUGUCUGUGCAUGCAGGUCGUCACUCCUGUCUUGGGCGUCCGUCUCUAACCUCCGCAGGGGGAGGGCGGGGUUGCCGCUGCCCAAGGCCUCGGGGUGCGAGCUGGCUCCUUGGCAUGUCCGCGGGGCCGAGGCAGGACCAGGGGCCUGGGUGGCCGAUGCGCUGCCAGUGCUGCAGGUGGGGGAGAAGCAGGGCUGCCCCAGCACGAGAAGGGGUAAAGCCCUCCUUGCUCUCCUCCCAGUGGGGCUCAGCCUGGAGGGCUUGGGGGAGGGAACCCCGGAGGAGACAGCCGCCCCUCAGAGCCGUCGCCGGGCAGAGGCUGGGCGUCCCCUGCCACCGCGCUCCGCUCCGGACCGGACGUGUCGCGGUCCAGGGAGACGGAAGAGAGCAAUCGGGCUGUUUCUGCCCCCGACGACGUCCUUGGAGCCUGGAGUCCUGUCACCUCCUCCUCGGAGGAGCUGCGUGCUCGCGGCAGCCGGCGUCCCGGCCGCUGGUCUGCGAGG